AUGCCGCCACGCUCAGAUGCUGGCUCUGCGAAAUCAUCCUUUCAAUGCCAAUUCCCGAGAUGUAAUAUGACUUAUCAACGGAAAGAACACUUAAACCGGCACAUGGCAAAUCAUGAGCAAGGGGCGCGCUUCUCCUGUCCCGAUCUCCUACGUCGCCAUAUCCGGAACUAUCAUCCAGAGAGAGAGCCUCCGCAGUCUCGGGCGCGGCAGGCUUGCGAAGCCUGCCAUGCUCGAAAGGAACGUUGUAACGGUGGAUACCCAUGUAAUCGUUGUCAGCAGCGAGGGGUUACCUGUCCACGGCCUCAGAAGGCGGCUCACGGCAAAAGCAAACCUCAAGAGACACAAACCCGCUUGAACCCGGAUAUAGUGAGCUCGGUGCCUGGUGAAUCCCGGUGGAUCGCUCAGGACUUCAUUGAUAUUUACUUUCACGACUUUCAUCCGACUUGGCCGUUCCUGCAUCGGGGGACAUUUGAGCUCUCGAAAGAGCCGUGUAUACUUCUCCAAUCAAUGUUAAUGGUUGGGUUGUGGAUCAAAGGCGACCAAGCGGCACGGGACACAGCGAUGACUUUCCAUCGUAAUUUGCUUUCUGCAAUUCAAGCUCAAAGGUGUCAAUGGUAUAUAUCAGACUCGACGCCACAUUGCAGCAAUGGCACCCCCUGGCCCAUGGCGACCUACCAGAGUAUUCUUCUGCAGCUUAUAUUUGCUGUGCUUGUUGCCAAACAAGAGACCUCUCUUGACUUAAACCUCCGUUUUCAACUAGAGGACGCCAAAUAUGAACUCCUCACGGCACUCGUGGAAACCUGUCGCCGGCUCGGUUUGUUUAACUAUCCGAAUAUGCUUGCUAAGUAUCACUCCUCUGCCCCGAUAGCGCUCGUAUGGGUGAACGUGGAGGAAAUCAAGCGGUUUGGAUUGUCGCUAUAUAAGCUCUGUCGACUCUGUACUCGGAAUGCCUCGGCGGAGAUGGCCGACAAGGAUGCCAGUGAUCCGAGAAGUGAGCUUCUAAGUCUGGCAGACCUAGACUUUUGCAUUCCAGAUAGCGACGAAAUGUGGAACGCUCCGUCCAGUACAGGAGCUGAACUAAUCCGAAGUACUGCCUUUCAACAGGCAUGCAGGGAUAAUCGAGAUCCAGAUAACUGGAUAUCCCAGACAUCGGGGAAAUUGUGCGAUUCUCGUGUCAGUCUUGACUGGAUAUAA